AGUCUUACCAAAUUCCAGCUUCCCACCUGUGUGUAUGUGUGUGGGUCGUGGCGUGCCCAGCAUCGCUUGCUGAUAUUCAGACUGCGGCUCACGUCGUCUGAGUGAAAAGCGCUGACAGUGCCAGGCUUACUACCAGAAAUCUCUACCGCCCUCUUAUUGGUUCAGUCAUGAACUUCCUACUUCUCCCAUUCCCGCAUUGACCACUCGAGUCCCGUGGACGACAUUAUUGUGCUUUUAGAAAUCCUGGUUUGCUAUGAUAUCUGUCGCACCAUGGUCGCAGAGCAUGAGGGUGGCUUCAAUUGCAUGCCAUUCUGUUGCAAUCUUGAGCACAGUGCUCAGGCUCGGAUAUCGUUGGUGGAUGGCCCGGUUCUGGUGGGAAGAUGCAGUGGCAGCACUUGCUUUAGUCUGUGAUGCUGUUACCCUUAUUGCUGCUGUGAUGAUCGCGCCGUAUCUUGGCUCAGGGGUCCGGACAUUCCAGACUGCUGUGUCAGUUUGGAUGUCUGCACUUUCCAUUCCUGCAGUGAUGUGGGCUGCCCGAAUUAGUGUCUUACUCUCCAUCAUGCGGGUAGGGAAUCCGCCUCCAACCCUGAAGACGAUUGCUGCAGCAGUCGGGAUUUCGUUCAUUAUCAUGUUCUGUGUUGUAGAGGGCCAGAGAAUCUACGUGUGCCUCAGUUCAGGGUGCCGUGAGUUCGAAUCCACUGCGGUUUCCCAGCUUGUCACAGACGGUUUGGCAGACUUCAGUUUGGUAGCAUUAUCUAUAUGGUCGUUGAGCGCGACUAGGCUGUCACGAUCAAGAAAGGUUCUGAUUCAGUCAGCAUUCACUGCGUCGAUGAUCAUUACCGUUAUCACGAUCAUCCAUUCGGCCAUCCUGUUCACACAGGAGUCCUCUGGAAUCCUCCUAAUCGCACACGUCAAGGCUGCUCUCUCGUUGAUGAUCUGCAACUUGCUUGUCAUUGUCACCUUUGUAUACAAAGUAUGUCGCAAGGGUCAGCUCGACCUCGAACGAGGGAACUCGGGAAUUCAGAUGGAGUUCACGACUAUAGAGUAUUGCCCGGGCACAAUGACCACUGGGGUGACCGCGCCCGAGCAGCAUGAGCGCUCGGGAGGUGCGACGGAGAUGAGUGCAGGGACCAAGCAGAGUAGCGUAGAUAGUGUAACCACAUCCAGUAAUUUGUAGUCAGAGAGACGGUGGAGGUUUUCCAGCCAGUUCCAAGUUGAUAUAUUUAUCGACGGUUUAUUUGUGAUAAUAGAGUUCUAAGGCAUGUAAUGUUAUAUUGGAAUUCAA